CUGCCUUCAACUGCGCGCACACACAAAGGAGGCAAAAUUCGAAAUUCUAGUGAGAGAAAGAAAGCUCGGUUAGCGUCAAUGGCGGUCUAUCUCAGAGUCCUCGCUCUUCCCGCACUCGUGGCCUUGCUGCUGUUCGCAAAUGCUGUGGCCGUGAGAGAAAGGCAGAUGAAAAGCUUGAGAAGCUCAACAAUGGCGAAUAGGCUAAAUAAAGAUCCAGAAGCUGUAGCUGCAGCAGUUCAUAAGUCAACCCGCAACAGCACCGUCCGGAGGAACCUCGCCGACGCCGGAUUCCUCUCCUGCGGCACCGGCAACACCAUCGACGACUGCUGGCGCUGCGACCGCCACUGGGACCGCCGCCGCCGCCGCCUCGCCGACUGCGCCGUCGGCUUCGGCCGCGCCGCCAUCGGCGGCCGCGACGGCCGCUACUACGUCGUCACCGACCCGUCGGACGACCCGGUCGAUCCCCCGCCGGGAACCCUCCGGCACGCGGCCAUCCAGGACCGGCCCCUCUGGAUCUUGUUCGACCGGGACAUGGUCAUCACCCUGAAGCAGGAGCUCCUCGUCAGCAGCUUCAAGACGAUCGACGGCCGGGGGGCCGACGUCCACGUGGCCAACGGCGCGUGCAUCACGCUCCAGUACGUCACCAACGUCAUCAUCCACGGGAUUCACAUCCACGACUGCCGGCCGACGGGGAACGCCACGGUGCGGAUCUCGCCGUCGCAGUACCAGUGGCGGGGCAUGGCCGACGGCGACGGGAUCUCGAUUUUCGCCUCGAGCCACAUUUGGGUUGACCACAAUUCGCUGUCCAGCUGCUCCGACGGCCUGAUUGACGCGAUUAUGGGCUCGACGGCCAUUACCAUCUCCAAUAAUUACUUCUCACAUCACAAUGAGGUGAUGCUAUUGGGGCAUAGUGACUCGUACACAGGAGACAGGGCAAUGCAAGUGACUGUUGCCUUUAACCAUUUUGGGGAAGGUCUCACCCAGAGAAUGCCAAGGUGCAGGCAUGGGCAUUUCCACGUGGUAAACAACGACUACACGUCGUGGGAGAUGUAUGCCAUCGGCGGGAGUGCAAAUCCCACCAUCAAUAGUCAGGGCAAUAGAUUUUUCGCUUCGAACAAUCCUUUUGCCAAAGAGGUCACAAAGAGAGUGGCAGAUAAUAACGAAACGUGGAUGGAUUGGAAUUGGAGAUCAGAAGGUGACAUGAUGCUUAAUGGAGCGUAUUUCGUGCCCUCAGGCAUUGCUGAAGCUAGCAGCUAUGCCAGGGCCUCGAGCCUCUCGGCAAAACCAUCUUCUAUGGUGGCAACUCUGACUGCUGAUGCAGGCGCUCUUCACUGUCGUAAAGGCAUGUUGUGCUGAAAAUGUUGGAAGGAGGGAAAAUUAUUAUUUAUUUUUAUUUUUGUGUAUUUCUUGAGAUUAUUUUGAUAUUAGGGUAUAGUGGACAAU